AUGGAAACAGAUGAGGCUCAAGAUAUGUCCCAGGUUUCAGGAAAGGAAAGUCCUCCAAUUAGUGAUGUCCCAGAUGAUGCAGAUGAACCUAUGCCUGUACCAGAGGACCUUUCAACUAGUACUGGAGGACAACAGAGUGCUAAGAAUGAGAGAGUCUUGGCCGGUAAUAUUAAAAUAGAGACUCAGAGUGAUGAAGAGAAUGGGCGUGCCUGUGAAAUGAAUGGGGAAGAAUGUGCGGAGGAUUUACGAAUGCUUGAUACCUCGGGAGAGAAAAUGAAUGGCUCACACAAUGGCCCAGGCAGCAAGGCUAUGUCAGGAGUUGGAGGCAUUCGACUUCCUAACGGAAAGCUAAAAUGUGAUAUCUGUGGGAUAAUUUGCAUCGGUCCCAAUGUGCUCAUGGUUCACAAACGAAGCCACACUGGAGAACGCCCUUUCCAGUGCAAUCAGUGCGGAGCCUCCUUUACGCAGAAGGGCAACCUUCUGCGCCACAUAAAGUUGCACUCGGGUGAAAAGCCCUUCAAGUGUCACCUGUGUAACUACGCCUGCCGCCGCAGGGAUGCCCUCACGGGACACCUGAGGACUCACUCGGUUGGCAAACCGCAUAAGUGUGGAUACUGUGGUCGCAGCUAUAAGCAGCGCAGCUCUUUGGAAGAACAUAAGGAACGCUGUCAUAACUACCUGCAAACCAUGAAUAUCUCAAGCAGCCUUUAUUCAGUCAUAAAAGAGGAAACUAACCAGAGUGAAAUGGCUGAAGACCUGUGCAAGAUAGGGUCAGAAAGAUCCCUCGUGCUGGAUAGACUAGCAAGUAACGUCGCCAAACGUAAGAGCUCUAUGCCUCAGAAAUUUGUUGGUGAGAAGUGUCUGCCUGAUCUUCCAUACGAUGCCACCACCAACUAUGAGAAGGAGAAUGAGAUAAUGCAGACGCACGUUAUAGACCAGGCCAUUAAUAACGCCAUCAGUUACCUGGGGGCAGAGUCCUUGCGUCCCCUUGUCCAGACACCACCAGGUGGUUCUGAGGUGGUGCCCGUCAUCAGCCCCAUGUAUCAGCUCCACAAAUCUCUCGGGGACAAUCAGGCUCGCUCCAACCAUACCGCUCAGGACAGCGCAGUGGAAAACUUGUUGCUGCUUUCCAAAGCCAAAUCUGUCUCCUCCGAACGAGAUGCCUCUCCCAGCAACAGCUGCCAAGACUCAACAGAUACAGAGAGCAAUAACGAGGAACGCAGUGGUUUAAUUUACCUGACAAACCACAUAGGUCCCCAUGCAAGAAAUGGCAUCUCUAUAAAAGAAGAAAACAGGCAGUAUGAUGUCUUGAGGGCAGGUACUGACAAUUCCCAGGAUGCUUUCAAAGUGAUCAGCAGCAAUGGGGAGCAAGUGAAAGUUUACAAGUGCGAACACUGUCGAGUCCUUUUCUUGGAUCACGUGAUGUACACGAUCCAUAUGGGCUGCCACGGGUUCCGCGAUCCUUUCGAAUGCAACAUGUGUGGCUACCAUAGCCAGGACAGGUACGAAUUCUCUUCCCACAUAACUCGAGGGGAGCACCGCUUCCACAUGAGUUAAAACUCCUCCGGCACAGAUCUCGCCUCAACAGCUGUGUUACUGGAGCUGCACGAGCCACGACAGCAACAAAGCACAAGUCAGCUGGACAGUAAAAUGAACACGAGAAUCAAAAGUUCAGCUAUCU